AUGGAGCAAUUCUACCUCGACAAUGCGGAACGCUACAAGAAGCUGGUGGCUGCUUUUAAACCAGCGCCAUCUCCGUCCAAACCGGGCCCUGCGACCGAUCCCAACCCAGAGAUGGUCGUCAGUGCUAGAGUGCGUCCGAUGCUAGACCACGAGAUUGGCCAAGGGUUCCCCGAGGGCGUGCACAUCCGCGGCAAUACCAAUGUCGUAGACGUGCAUGAGUUGCAGCAGCCAGUCAGGGGCCUCCCCAAGUUGAGAUCCUUUGACUAUACUGUGGACAAGCUCUACGGCCCCGAAGCAACCACCGACCAGAUCUACGAAGACCUGGUCAAGCCUCUCGUACCAUGGGCCUGGGACGGCGGGAUCGGGACCAUGUUUGCCUACGGCCAGACCUCGUCCGGCAAGACCCUCACGGUGAGCGGCCUGGAGCGGCUCGUGGCAGAGACCUUGAUGAACGGCAGUCUGGAAGGCGAGAGGACGAUUUCACUGUCCAUCAUCGAACUCGCCGGACAAACCGCCUACGACCUCCUCAACAACCGCAAGCAAAUCUCCAUCCUCGAAGACUCCUUCGGCGUGACCCAAAUGGCCGGGGCCAUCGAGCACCAAGUGAUGGACCAAACCACCUUCCUCCAACACAUCGAAGCCGCAGCCGCCCUCCGACGCACCAGCCCCACGCUGCGCAACGACAGUUCGUCACGCUCCCACGCCAUCUGCCGCGUCCGCCUCGGCAACCCGACCCAGCCCGCGGCCAAAGACGGCAUGCUCUACCUCAUCGACCUCGCCGGGUCCGAAGCCGCGCGCGACAAGGUUACCCACGACACCACCCGGAUGAAGGAAGCACGCGAGAUCAACUCGAGUCUGUCCGUGCUCAAGGACUGCAUCCGUGGCCGGGCGCUGGCCGAUGUAGCUGCCGCGACGGGCACUUUCACCGCCGACGGAAAAGGAAAAGCCAAAUCAGCAGCCCCCGCCCCCUACGUACCCUUCCGCCAGAGCACCCUCACCAAAACGCUCAAGCACGUCUUCGACGCGUCCAGCGGGCGCCAGUGCAAGACCGUCGUCGUGGCGUGCGUCAACCCGUGCCUGGCCGAUGUGGGCGCCAGCCGCAACACGCUGCGGUAUGCCGAGAUGCUGCGCGUGCCAGUGCCGCGGGCCAAGAGCGCGGCAUACCAGCCGGGCGUGCCGGCGACGUGGAAUAAUGCGCAGUUGCGCGAGUGGAUUGCGAGGAAUUCCGGCACACCCCGCAUCAACCCAGCCCUCCUCGCCCCGACGGAAACAGGCCCGCAACUCCUCCGCCUCCCCGCAGCCGACUUCAUCGCCCGCUGCUUCACCUCCUCCUCAGACCAGACCACGCCUGACCGCGCCCAAGCCUUCCAUGCCAAACUGUGGAAACUUCACAUCGAUUCCCAGCAGCAGCGUCAACCCGCCAGCAAUGCAGACGCGGCUGCUGCUGCUGCUGCUACAGAUAACUUCAACGGCUUCAACGGUUACAGCAGCGUCGAUCCGGACCCCAACGCCGCGGGGAUCCCAUUUCGUGAGCGGAUCCGGCCGGGGAUGGUAGUGGCGUGGGAUCCGGCGAAGGUGGUGGAGUAUGCGGGGUUUGCGGUAGCGGGAGCUGGGGGUGGUGGUGUAAAGGGGUAUGCGAUGGUGUUGUGUCCUUUGUCGGCUUUUGCCGGGCCGUCGUCCUCGUCGUCGCCGUGGAAGGGUACGGUGCGGGAUGUUAAAGGGGAGGUUGUUGUUGGUGGUAAUAAAGGGGUUUCUGGUGCUUUAGCUGUUGGAGAUGAUGGUGUUCAGGGCGACGAUUCUGGUUCUAGGGGCGACGGUGUUGGGGAUAGGUAUUUGUGCGCACUGGUGGUGCCGGCUGUUUUUCCCGGGUCGUUUGGGAUUGCGGUGUGGCAACAGAUGGUGCUGGGUAGUAAACAGAUGGAGGAAGAGGUGUUGAUGGAGUGGGAUGAGGCGACGCGGUAUUACUACAUGACCGUGUAA